ACGCACGUUAACACAUUUUCAUCGAUAUAUUCCACAUCCUGUAGUAAAUUUUUUGUAUUUGUAUAAAUUGUACCCAGUUUCAGAAUGCUUUUCGUCAUUAAAAGACAAUACGUCAUACAAAAAAGAUCAUGUACAAUCGUUUCAUUCUAUUGCUGAUCUGUUUUCUGCUAGUGUUCUAUCACCAAACAUUGGAAUCAAAUGCAAACGAAUGCAUUGAUAUGAAGGUGCACGCACGAGAAGUAAUCGGUUGCUGCCGGUACGAACCAUUCUGCAACGAAGAUGCUGACGAAAGGUGUAACCGCGAACUAAAUCAUCAAAUGCCAAAAAAUUCCCCCAACUUUACGGUGUGUUUUAUAGAUUGUGCCUACCGACAUAUGGGGUUUCUCACGGAAAAUAACGAAAUUGAUGUGAAAAAGUAUGUUGCCUUUCUUGUCGGAUAUGAUAAGGACUAUGAAUUGGUGGCUGCCAACGCUAUUGUAAAGUGUGCGGAAAUUCAGAACGAAAUCCGACAGGAUGUGGCGGGAAUAGUGUCGAAAUGUAGUGCGUUUGCGCUGCUAUUUCAUGUAUGCGUCACACAACUUACCUUGAGACACUGUCCUGCCGACCGGCAGACAGAUAGCGAGAUUUGCGAUGACGUUAGAAGGUACGUUCCACUCUGUAACUAAUAAGUUUAAUCCACAACAAUGAACGGCGAUCGCUCGAUCAGGCUUCGAAAGUUGUAAUUUGCCUACAAGGAUAAAACCGAGGCAGAAAACAUCAACACAUCCCAGGUUA